CGAUUUUCUUUGAACGCAGCAUGACGCCGCAUGUGAGUUAGUGGCUCAUUAUCUGGCAGUCGGAGUGGCAGCGGACACAAGAGAGGGGAUCCCCGGGAUUUUUUCAUCGAAUUACGGGUAUUGAUAGCUAAAUUAUAACCCAAACAACCGGAAAACUAGGGCCAACGCCGUCAACCCCCUCUAAAACCACGGAGGGAGCAGCCAUGUCGGAGGAGGCCGCGCGUCUGACGCGUAGCCAGAAGCGGGCGCUGGAGCGAGACCCACCGGGCCCCGCCGGCUCCCCGGAGGACGGGGAGAGCAAGCGGCUGAAGCUGGAGACGGGGGACCCGGCUGCCGCCGUCGCCGUCGGCCUCUCGGACGUAGAGGACCCCGAGGAGGACGCUGCCUCGGAGGGGACGCCUGACCCGAUCCCCAAGGUGCCCGCCAGCCUCCUGAAGACGGGGGAGGUGAAGGCCACCAUCAAGGUGGAGGUCCAGACCGGAGACGAGCCGGUGGACAUGAGCACAGCGAAAAGUGAGGUCAAGAAGGAGAGGCAGCCCCCGUCCCCGGACGACGUCAUCGUGCUGUCGGACAACGAGCCGGCCAGCCCCGUGAUGAACGGCCACUGCUUCACCAAGACGGACACGGAUAAACUCAUGAAGAGCAGCCCCGAGGAGAGGGAGCGCAUCAUCAAGCAGCUCAAGGAAGAGCUGCGACUCCAGGAGGCCAAGCUGGUCCUGCUGAAGAAGCUGCGACAGAGCCAGAUCCAGAAGGAGAGCACUGUACAGAAGGUGACGGGACGUAGCUCAGGUACCGUGAUCCCUCCUCCACUGGUGCGGGGCGGGACGCAGCACGUCCCCUCCAAACCCAACUCCCAGAUCGUCAUGCCACCGCUGCUGAGAGGAGCACAGGUAGGCGUCCGGACCUCGCCCAUCGCCGUGACCCCGCAGCAGAUCGCCAGCCUCCGGCAGCAGCAGCAGCAGCACAGCGGCUCGGGCCCCCCGCCCCUGCUCCUGGCCCCCCGGGCGUCGGUGCCCAACGUGCAGGUGCAGGGCCAGAGGAUCAUCCAGCAGGGGCUCCUCCGGGUGGCCAGCGUGGCCAACAACAACGUCAUGGUCAACAUUCCCCAGGCCUCUCCAACCCAUAAGGGCCCCAACGUCAACUCCAACUCCAACCCCAGCGAGUCUCCAGCCGCCCGGCAGGCCGCUGCCAAGCUGGCGCUGCGCAAACAGCUGGAGAAGACACUGCUGGAGAUCCCUCCGCCCAAACCGCCGGCCCCCGAGUUCAACUUCCUACCGUCGGCCGCCAACAACGAGUUCAUCUACCUGUUGGGUCUGGAAGAGGUGGUGCAGAAACUGCUAGAGAUGCACGGCAGGGGUAGCUUAGGCCCGGCCGCGGCGAUGGCCAACUCUCUCCCCAAGGAGCCGCACACCUGUCUCCAGUGCAAGACGGACUUCACCUCCCGCUGGCGCCAGGAGAAGGCCGGCACCGUCCUCUGCGACCAGUGCAUGUCGUCCAAUCAGAAGAAGGCCCUGAAGGCGGAGCACACCAACCGGCUGAAGGCGGCCUUCGUCAAGGCGCUCCAGCAGGAGCAGGAGAUAGAGCAGCGCAUCCUGCAGCAGGCCGCCUCCUCCGCCGCCUCCUCCUCGUCCUCCUCGGUCUCCAAGACCACCUCUCCGUCGCUGUCCAAGAGCGAGCAGCAGAUCCUGGUGUCCCAGCAGUUCAAGCAGGUCAGGGCUGCCAUGCAGCAGCAGCACCAGCAGCAUCAGCAGCAUCAACAGCAUCAACAUCAGCAGCAGCAUCAUCAGCAGCAGCAGCAGCAGCAGCAGCACAGGGGGCAGUCGAUGGCUCGCCACCACUCCGCCAUCAAGACGGUCGGUCAGAUGUCCCGUAGCAUCGGGUCUCCAGUGAGCUCGCGGGGCGUGGCCCACUCCUACUCCUCCGCCCAGCUGCAGAACGCGGCGGCGGCGGCGGCGGCCGCCAUGGGCAACCGGCCGGUCAAGCAUCCCGCGGCGAGGCCGCUGCAGCAGGGGCCAAAGGGCGGAGCCACCGGCAGCGGGGGCAGCAACCAGGUCCACAUGGCCGCCUGGAGGAAGCAGAGCGGCGGCAACACAGGUGUCCCCAUGACGUACGUGAACCCCAGCCUCGCCGCCCACAAGACCAGCUCCGCCGUGGAGCGCCAGCGGGAGUAUCUGCUGGACAUGAUCCCAUCCCGCUCCAUCUCCCAGACAGCCAACACAUGGAAAUAAUGCUGCGCCAUGAACCUCUACAAUAACUAUGACCCCAUUGAAAUAAUUUCACCCUCCUAAUAAUCAACAUAACUACGGACCAUGCCGGGGGGAGGACCUACGUUUUGACCCAUAUUUAGGAAGUACAGAAAAAAAAAAGUGAAUAGAAAAAAAUAUAUAUUUCCCCUCGCUCUUUCUGCUGCCGUCUGUCUGUCUCUACGUCCUAUGGAUUGUGAAUAUUCAGGAGUGCCGGGGAUGGGACGUGUACGACCUCAGAUGUGUCUGUCGUCUCUCCCUCCGUCGUCGGUUGAGCCUCAAGUUUGCAACGAGAGGGAGCCGUCGCAUCCUCGCUGACCUCCAUUCUAGCUGGGAGAUAGCCGCCAUCUUGCACCGUCAAAGAUUAGCCUUAGCCCUGACCCCAUUCCUCUCCAGGUGAAGUAGGACACUAGGAGCCUGCGGUUGCUGGACUCGACUCUGAAGUUCCAUCUUGUUGGGAUUUUUACCCAUCUCCAUUAUUUGGACGGAAGUUCCAUCUUGUUGGGAUUUUUACCCAUCUCCAUUAUUUGGACGGUUCCCAGGUGUUUCUGAAAUCCUUUUUUCAUAGCUAUAUGGGCUGUGUUAAGUAGCUGUCCACCGACCUCGCAAAACAUUAUUCACUGCCACGCGUGGUUGAAAAAAUGCUCAUAAUCAAUACUUUUAUUCCAACAUGUCUGGCAGGGAACAAAGCUUCUGGAGUAAGAUGGCUGCUCUUAAAUCCAUUCUGACUACAUAGUUGUGGAAAUAAAACCUUGUGAAAUACCGGGGGAAUCUGGAGUAAUGGCCAGAAGUGAGCAUUACUCGGCUAUAGUCCAUUAACUGUGGUUCUAUGGUGGGGGGGGGUAGCUUGUGGACCAUCCAGGAAAUAAUAACUGCUUUAGCUUUGCAAAAACGAAUACUAAAGACUUAAAAAAAGAAAAGACAAAACAAAAAAAAUAACGUUUAUCUCCACACAGAUUGCCUCUCCACUUUAUGUGCGUGUGUGUAUAGCAGAGCGUUUGGGCAGUGUGUCGGGAUAAUUUUGUAUGGCUGAAUAUGAAACGUGUCCUGUAAGUCCUAUACUGUGUUUGAGAUGUCGUGCUCCCUGACGCGUGGAACUGGCCUCGUCGAGGGCUCCUGGUUAAGGUUACUGUUGAGGUGGUUUUACAUCUGCUGGGUUCUGUGUUUUAGCCGACUUUUAAUGACUUGUUUCUAAGAUGAAGACCAUUAAAACAGAUAAAUGUCUCGCUGUCUAAUAUUUAAACAAAAUCAAAAUGCAGACUGAAAGUUUCGGGGACUUCUUGGAUAUUGUAGAAAGGAAAUAAGAGAAGAAAAAAAACGUCCAAAGAACUACUGGAGUCCAAAUGGAGAAUCUUCUCCCAGGGGGUUGGGUGUUCCUGAACCCUCUUUGGAUGUAAAAAUAUACGUUCCUGCUAAGCCAUGGGGCUGCGAACGAUGUCAUGGUUCAUGACGUGGUUUUGCUUUUAGUUGUAGUUUGUGGCGGAUUCUUUUUCCUCUUUAGACAACUUUUCCCGGUUUAUUUAUAGGGUCCCGUUAGCAGAGGUUUGCGUUUAGGCAUCGGUUGGAAUGGGUCUCCCAUUUUAAAACGCGCGCAUCUUCUGUCCUGCACACCCUGUCAUUGGUUUAGAAGAAGCUGGUCCCAUUUCAGAAUGUAACCAUUUAAAAACAAAACGCACCAUGGUUUUCUUCUUUUGUCUGCUUUGAGGUGUCGUCCAUGAUUUGUCUGAUAUAAUUGGUUCUUUACAAUUGUGAUGUGCGAUGCAAUGUGUUUUCUAAGGAUUCAGUGGCUCAGGAUAAGCUAGUGGUGUGGGGGGGGGGGGGGGGGGAAUCCAAUAUGCCCAUAACAAAAAGCGGCGAUGCGCUCAGCCUCCGGACGCAGUCAACGAGGCUAUAACCUUUUCACUUUGCGGUGGCUGCCUUUGUAAGGUACAUACGAUUGGACGAUUACAAAAUGGCUAUGUUUGGGGUCUCGGGAUGUAAUGGAUACUUAAAUUAUUAGUUUUCUCUGUCUUUUUUUUUGCGGGCGGUGUGCACAAUGGUCGAGAAAUUAAAGCAGCCGUCACAUGAGGUCCGCCCCGAUCGGUGCAUUCUUGUAAAGACUGCUGACGCGCGAGUUAGGCAACCUUCUUUCACAGGUUUAAUUUAUAGGUAAACCUUGUAUACCCUUAACCAAUGUGUUCAUCCCUUUUUACACACAUGCAGUGUUUUUGUUAAGUAUAACCCCAUUCUUUAGAGAUGUUUUUUUGUUUCUUUGUGUAGGCCUAUAGACCCAUGUAUCGGUCUCGAUUCUUUUGUAAGGGUUGAACAAUGCCAUCAUCGAGGAUUUACGACUUUGUUAAUUCAUAGGUUUUCUGUUUUUCUUUUCAAGGCCAUCGCUCACCAAGAAGGCCUGUGUUGAAAGGUCUCAGUGUUUAGUAGACGACAUUGUCAUUUGUUCAUCGGUAGAACCCCAAACAGGUGUUUAGGAACAUCUGGGACGUUUGGGACUCCUCAUUUCCACAGUUGGAUUGAUUUAAAUCGGCCGGGGAUAUUUCAAACUGUCUGUGUAUGGCAGACAAGGGCCGGAUGUAGCAAAAGGAUUCGAACUGUUGAAUGUAACGCGAACGACUGGAGAGUUGGCGUUAAAUGUGUGGACCGGCUGCAGGCCCUCCGUGCACCGCUGGGUGUCGCUGCUGAGGCCGGUUACGUCAUCAUUCCGUCUCCUCCAGGGAUCCCCGCUCCAAGGCGCUUCUUCGGGGAAAUGAGGUGUACAUGAAAAAUAUACGUUUGGAUUCUUUUUUUUUUCUCUCACCGCUCUAUCAAGUAAUAAUAAAAACUAAUUUUAACCCCUCUA